CGCGGGCGCCGGUGCAGAGCUCGCGGGGCCGCCCGGAAAGUUUGUUUGAUGAUGGCUUGAGUCGGCGUGCGUGCGGGGAGCGAGGCCGCCAAGUUCUCUCUCCCGCGGCGUCCUUUGGAGGGAGACGUCUCUCCCAUGAGCCGGCGGGGGCUCGGGGGCUGUGCUGCGGGGGCACCUGUCUCUCGCGUUAUUAUUUUUGUUUUGGGGGGAGGAGGGGUGUGACUCGUCAUGUCGAAAGUGAUCCAGAAGAAGAACCACUGGACUAGCAAGGUUCACGAAUGCACCGUGAAGCGGGGACCCCAGGGCGAGCUGGGAGGGGAGCUGCUGCUGGAGGUGCAGGGGGUCCGGGUGUCCGGCUUGCCCCGCUACGACGUGCUGGGCGUCCUGGACAGCUGCAAGGAGGCCGUCACCUUCAAAGCCGUCAGACCAGGAGGAAAGCUGAGCAAGGACCUGCGGCACUUUCUCAGCCAGCGCUUCCAGAAGGGCUCCCCUGACCACGAGCUGCAGCAGACCAUCAGGGACAACCUGUACCGCCACGCUGUGCCUUGCACAACCCGCUCUCCCAGGGAAGGAGAAGUGCCCGGCGUGGACUACAACUUCCUGACUGUGAAGGAGUUCCUGGACCUCGAGCAGAGCGGGACUCUCCUGGAGGUCGGCACCUAUGAAGGAAACUAUUAUGGGACACCCAAACCUCCCAGCCAGCCGGUCAGUGGGAAAGUGAUCACGACGGAUGCCUUGCAAAGCCUUCACUCCGGCUCCAAGCAGUCGACCCCCAAGCGAACCAAGUCCUACAAUGAUAUGCAAAAUGCUGGCCUAGUCCAUGCGGAGCUCGAGGAGGAUGACGGUCCUGAAAUGAACAGCAGCUUCACAGCCGAUUCUGCUGAUCAGGAAGAGCACAGCCUGCAGGAAGCAACGCUCCCACCUGUGAAUAGUAGCCUCAUCGCUGCCCCCAUCACGGACCCUUCUCAGAAGUUCCCUCAAUACCUACCUCUUUCUGCAGAGGAUAAUCUAGGUCCUCUACCUGAGAACUGGGAGAUGGCCUACACCGAAAAUGGAGAAGUCUAUUUUAUAGACCAUAACACAAAAACAACGUCUUGGUUAGACCCUCGGUGCCUGAGCAAGCAGCAGAAGCCUCUGGAAGAAUGUGAGGAUGAUGAAGGGGUCCACACGGAGGAGCUGGACAGUGAACUAGAACUGCCUGCCGGUUGGGAAAAGAUUGAAGACCCUGUCUAUGGUAUCUACUAUGUAGACCACAUCAACAGGAAGACACAGUAUGAGAACCCAGUUCUAGAAGCCAAACGGAAGAAGCAGCUGGAGCAGCCGCCACCGCAGCCGCAGCCACAGCCUCCGUCCGAAGAAUGGACAGAAGACCGGUCAUCGCUCGUGCCUCCUGCUAUUCCCAGCCACCCCCCAAGCAACCCAGAGCCGGCCAGGGACCCUCCCCUUCAGGGCAAACCCUUUUUUACACGAAACCCUUCUGAACUGAAAGGCAAGUUCAUUCACACGAAGCUGCGGAAAAGCAGCCGUGGCUUUGGCUUCACGGUCGUCGGAGGGGACGAACCUGACGAGUUUCUGCAGAUCAAGAGCCUCGUCCUGGAUGGUCCCGCUGCGCUGGACGGCAAGAUGGAAACAGGAGAUGUAAUUGUCAGCGUGAACGACACCUGCGUUUUGGGACACACACAUGCGCAAGUUGUGAAAAUCUUCCAGUCCAUUCCCAUCGGUGCCAGUGUGGACCUUGAACUCUGCCGAGGUUAUCCGUUGCCUUUUGACCCAGAUGACCCCAAUACGAGUUUAGUGACCUCAGUGGCCAUUUUGGAUAAAGAACCGAUUAUCGUGAAUGGGCAGGAGACCUACGAUUCACCAGCUAGUCACAGCAGUAAAACAGGCAAAGUCAACGGCAUGAAGGACGCCAGGCCGAGCAGUCCAGCCGACGUGGCUUCCAACGGUUCCCAUGGUUACCCCAAUGACACUGUCUCGUUGGCUUCCUCCAUAGCCACUCAGCCAGAACUCAUAACUGUCCAUAUAGUCAAAGGGCCGAUGGGCUUUGGCUUCACUAUCGCAGACAGUCCUGGAGGGGGCGGCCAAAGGGUGAAGCAGAUCGUGGACAGCCCCCGGUGCCGCGGCCUGAAGGAGGGGGACCUCAUCGUGGAAGUGAACAAGAAGAACGUGCAGGCCCUCACGCACAACCAGGUGGUGGACAUGCUGAUCGAAUGUCCAAAGGGCAGUGAGGUCACCUUGUUGGUGCAACGAGGAGGGCUGCCAGUUCCCAAGAAGAGCCCCAAGUCGCAACCACUGGAGAGAAAAGACAGCCAGAACAGCUCACAGCACAGCGUCGCCAGCCACCGCAGCCUGCACACGGCCUCCCCCAGCCACAGCACACAGGUGCUCCCCGAGUUCCCACCUGCAGAGGCCCCCGCUGCAGAGCAGACCGACAGCUCUGGGCAGAAAAAGCCAGAUCCUUUUAAAAUCUGGGCCCAGUCCAGGAGCAUGUAUGAAAGCCGACCUAUGUCACCUUCGCCUGCGUCGGGAUUGAGCAAGGGUGAAAGAGAGAGAGAAAUCAGUUCCACGAAUUUUGGAGAAUGUCAGAUUCCAGAUUACCAAGAACAGGACAUCUUCCUCUGGAGGAAAGAGACUGGAUUUGGAUUUAGGAUUCUGGGUGGAAAUGAACCAGGGGAACCUAUUUAUAUCGGUCACAUCGUACCACUGGGUGCUGCUGAUACGGAUGGCCGCCUGAGGUCUGGGGAUGAAUUAAUCUGUGUGGAUGGGACACCAGUCAUUGGAAAGUCACACCAGCUUGUGGUCCAGCUUAUGCAACAAGCUGCCAAGCAAGGCCAUGUCAACCUCACAGUGCGGCGUAAAGUGGUAUUUUCAGGUAUGUUCCUCAUUCAUGCCUUCAGGCAGGGCAUGGUCGCUCUGUGCACAGACAAGGACCCCUUCCUGUGUCUGCCUGCCUCCUCAAGCAUCUCCUUUACCAGAUCCUACGACGUGGAGAUCCGGCGCGGGGACAGCGAGGGCUUCGGCUUCGUCAUCGUGUCGUCCGUGAGCCGGCCCGAGGCGGGCACGACCUUCGCAGGCAAUGCAUGUGUGGCUAUGCCUCACAAAAUAGGUCGGAUUAUUGAGGGGAGCCCUGCUGACCGAUGUGGCAAGCUGAAAGUAGGAGACCGGAUCUUGGCAGUAAAUGGAUGUUCCAUCACCAACAAGUCCCAUUCAGACAUUGUCAACCUAAUCAAGGAAGCGGGAAACACAGUUACCCUCCGCAUCAUUCCCGGGGAUGAGUCUUCGAAUGCCACUUUGCUGACCAACGCGGAGAAGAUCGCCACCAUCACCACCACACACACCCCUUCUCAGCAGGGGGCCCAGGAGACCAGGAACACCACCAAACCAAAGCCGGAAUCUCAGUUUGAGUUCAAAGCACCCCAGGCAACACAGGAGCAGGAUUUUUACACUGUGGACCUGGAAAGAGGAGCCAAGGGCUUUGGCUUUAGUCUUCGAGGGGGCCGAGAGUAUAACAUGGACCUCUAUGUUCUGCGCUUGGCAGAGGAUGGUCCUGCCGAAAGGUGUGGAAAGAUGAGGAUCGGUGAUGAAAUUUUGGAGAUCAAUGGUGAAACCACCAAAAACAUGAAGCAUUCUCGGGCUAUAGAACUGAUUAAGAACGGAGGCCGCAGAGUGCGUCUGUCUCUGAAGCGGGGCGACGGCUCGGUACCAGAAUAUGGUGGGUCAAACUAUGAAAACCUCCCCUCCUUCCCUGGCAUGACUCCAUGACUUUGUCUCCAGAACUGCAGCAGGAAAGUCUUUUUGUUUCCCCUCUUCACCAGUGUCUUACCAGCCUUCCGCACCAUGUGAUUAUUUGCCUCGCUUGUUCUGAAACCUCUACACAUUUCAUCCUUUUGCUUGCCUUCCAUGGACUGGGGCAUGGCCUAAGACAAGAUCUUAAUAGCCCCCUUUCUGAUAAUCAGAGAAAACAUUUUGUCUAGUCCGACCAAGAGCGAAGGAAUGAUUGUUUGAACUGUGCCAAACUGUUUCUCAGAUCCAAUUGUUAGCACAAAAUGACUCUACUCCUUUUAAGAAGCAGGAAAGCAGGUUUCCUGAGUGAUAUGUUGAGGCACAAUUCUUUUUAUUUUUUUCUUUUGUGGUUACUUGAUGUCUUAUUUAUGAGACGUGAAAUUCUGAGAUGAUUUGGGAGCCUUGCUCACCUCCUUUAUGCUCUGUAUACAACACUUCUGCGUCCCCCCUCCAGUUGCUGCCCCAAAUGAGACUACCUGAGCCCACUCGUAGAAAACAAAACUGUUGCUAUGUUAGCCAUAUGUUUUUAAAUGAUAAAGGAUGGAAUAGAUUCCCAGUGCUCAUCAUGAGGGAAACACGUGACUAUACCUUUCCUAUGGGGAAAGCCAGAUUAUGCAUAAAGUUCUUUUGUCAUAUCUAUAGACAUGAUUUGACUGAACAGCAAGGAUCUUUAAAUAGCUUAGUGUCCUCAUGGCAAAAUAUUGUAUAUUAUAAUAAUUAUGUCCUAUUUAUUUGAGAUUCUUGUUUAAAAUUUAAAAAAAAAGCUAUGCCCUAGAUGUAGGGCUUUUCUUCCCAACCAAAGGUCUACAAAAGUUUCUAUAGAAACUGUGAUUGAAUGGUCCCCAUAUGCGUCAGUCCCCUUUAUUAGGGAUUUUAUCUGUUAUCACCCUCUUUUCUGAAAGUCACUCUGCACAAUUCCCAGCUGCAUUUUGGACUUGAAGAGAUCUUUAAUUCAGAUACAGCUCAAGGACAAGGCUAACUCCUUUGAAGGGUAGCCUUCCCAAGUGUUGGGACAUCCAGGUGCAAAAUAUGAGGGGCCCAAAGUGGGGGUGGCAUAUCAGAUGAGGCCCCCUCAGACAUGGCCAACCACACACAGGGAAGGUAGCCUAACAACACUGAGAUGUUACAGCUGUGCUGGGUUUGGAACCCUGAUAGGUAUAUGGAUGCCCUGAAACUGUGUAACGCUGUCUCCCUUUUCUGUCUUCCCUAUGCUUCUGUUGGAUGUGAUAUUUCAUUUCAGAGUCACCGUCAGUAACCUCUGUACCCUCUCCAAACCUGUGUCUGUUGCACUGAGGAUGAAAAUCCAACACUAAUAAAUGUUCUUUGGGCUAAAAAUAAAGAUCAUUUAAAUGCUCGGUUUUCCAAGAAGGGUUGAACAUGCCAGGGUUGUGCUGCUGUAAUGUCUCCAUGUGUCAUUUGGACUGAAUCUCUAAUUCUAGUGAUUAGAGUCACAAAUGGGUUAUAAUAUGUUAAGUUCCAAUAUUUUUCUGACUUGAUUGGAACCUGCUUCUCUGUGAGGCUAUUUUUGUAAUGAGUUUUUUGUACUUAAUUUAACAGCCGUGGUCUUCAGGGGGGAGGGAGGGCACUUUGUUCUUUUGUUGUUUAUUGUUAAAUGCUCUCCUAUGCCAGCCUGUCAUUGUCCCAGUUGUUUGAAAAAAGAAAGAAAGAAAGAAAAAA